AUGAAUAGAUCGAUAACACCGAAACAAAUUAAAGAACCGGAAUUAUUUGAUAUAACAAAUCAAUUAAAAUUAUGGGCAAUUAAUAUGUAUCAUUUAACAGCAACAAAAGAUCAAAAGAAAUAUGAUCCAAUUGAAUUAAUAUUACGUAUUCUAUGGGAUGAUAUACAUGUGAAUAAUGAGAAACCAGAAUAUUAUGAUAAUAAUCGAAUAAAAUUACCUAAAUCUAAUAUAUUAUUCUCUACAACAUUUAAAAAUAAUACAGAUUCGGAACAAGAAUAUAAUUUUCAUACAGAACGUUGUACACGAUCAAUCAUUGAAAUUGAAAUACAAAAAGGUGUUAUAUUAUCAAAAGAAUUAUCAUUGAAAUUAGCGUUACCUAAUUCAAUUAUGGAAGCAAAUGCUGGAUUUAAACAUGAAAUUUCAAUUGGAUCAUCAACAAGACAAUCAACUGAAGAAGAACUUGCAUGGGGUGUAGAUACACGUAUUACGGUACCACCAAGACAUUCUGCUUUCGCUGAAGUAAAAAUUGAAGAAGAAGAAAUGAAUUGUUGUUUUCGUUUAAAAACAUCAAUGUAUGGAAGAAUUCGAAUAUUAUUCUUAGAUCCUAUUCAUGAUAAUUCAUUAAUUAAAUAUCUUGAAGGAGAUUUAGGUACAAUUAUACAAGAAUCAUUAAAAUCUGAUCGUUUUAAACAAAAUGAUACUGAACAAAAUUCUUAUUUAUGGACUGAAUCAAUGACAAAAUCAAAUCAACGUAUAUUUUAUAUAGAAACAUAUGGAAAAUGUAAAUUUCGUUUUGGUGUACAUCAAUUUGUUGAAGUUAAUCAAAAAGUACAUUUAGAAAAUAAUUACAUUAAUAAUAAUAAUAAUAAUAAUUGA